CAAGGUUCCACUUUUGCUCGGUUUGCACACGUUCGAUUUUUGUUCCUCUCGGUUCGAUCCCGUGAAAAGCAGGAAAACUUCUGGCGAAAAAAUGGAUUACUGAUUUUCCCAAAAGCUCUUUUGAUUUUUCGACAGUUCAAAAGUGGAAAAAUGCCAUCGAAGAAGUGAAGUUAAAAUAGUGAAGGCAAGUCCGUUCCCUAAAUCGGGUCUAUUAUUCGCGAAUUGAGAAGAAUAAUCUUUGUGAAGGUGGUGAAAAUUUUCACUUUGGUUGUGCCCAUUUUUCCUCGCACAGAACUACCCACAGCAGCGAGAGGAAAAUCCUGACCCGUAGCGCAAAAUGUUGAAUAUUGCCCAUUAGGAAAAGUUAUAUCCCAUCAAUUCCCCAGAAGCAUGUUGUGAGAGAUUGGGGAAGAUCAUUUAUCGAAGGAAAAAAGGCACACAAAACGGAUAAAAGUGUUCCGCCAUCAUCAAAGAUAAUGGAAAAUUGGGCACCAUACUUGAUCCGAAUCAAUCGAAAGGGGCAAAGAGCAUAAUGAAGGAUAUGAAUGAGAGGAAAAACCACGAGCAGAACAACAAAAAUAAAUAUAGUGCUACGACAAGUGUAUCCCGGGAAAGUACCUACCACUAAGAGCAGUGUAACCAAUCAGCGAGUUGUUAAUACAUAAAUAAAAGAUGGCGAAACGAAGAGUAUAAACAACCUGAUUAUUGUAAAUGGUGAGAUCCCGAUCUGGGAAAGUAAAAAUAGAAUCUCAUAAAACAUCGCCCGCAGUGUAUUUUUCCCCGAAUCUUUUGGGAAAAAGUGUCCACAUCGGUGCCACCAAGCCAUGCCUGUGCACACAAAGUCCUGCCUAUUUCAGUGAAACGACAAAAUUAGACAAACUGCGUGCGUGCAAGUCCUGAUAAGGUUCGUCGAACGAAAUACUAGCAAAGAAAAAAACGAGCGAGCAAUUCGUUAGCUGCUGCUGCAGAAAAUAAAAAGUGGUUCCGCGAAUAGCCCGAAGUAGGAGAAACAACAGAAAAAAAAGAAAAUAUUUAUGGUGCAAGGCGUUGGCGAGUGUCCCAGGAGUUUGGGGUAGUGCUCUAGUCUUUGGAAACUGCUGCUGCGAUCCCACAGCGGCAGCUAGCAUCCAAGGAAAUCCAGCCAGCAGCAGGGAAAGAGCAGAGCAAACACGCUGCUGCUAAUUUGGGUACUUCCCAAUGGGUACUCUCACGUCGUCUUCGACGGCAACCACUUUCCCUACUCCUCGGACGUCCAAGAUCUGUGGCAACAGCCAUGAAGCAGAAGAAGCGCCAGAAGCCCAAUCGACAGCAGCAGCAGCAGCGCCACCACCGGCAACGACGGCAACUCCGGCGACGGCGAAGUCGACGAUGGAAAGAAGCAGCCGUACUGACGCCAGCGGCCGAUCGGCAGCCCUAGAACGAGCCUACGUGCACGACGUCUACGAGCACUGCGAGGAACCGGUUGGCCAGAUCCGACCCAAAGUGGCACAAUUCCUAGCCGGGCUGGAGCCUGGUUCCGUCGUCUGUGACGUGGGCUGCGGCAAUGGACGGUAUCUGACCGGAUUCAAUCCCAUGAUCUGUACCAUCGGCGUGGACCGGUGCUACCGAUUGACCAAAGUGGCACACGGGAAAGGAGGAGAGGUGGCCGUUUGUGAUAAUUUGGAUUUGCCGUUCCGAGAUGAAUCAUUCGAUGCUGUACUGUCGCUGGCGGUCGUUCACCAUUUCGCCACAACGGAACGACGCGUGGGAGCAAUCCGAGAACUCGCACGAAUAUUACGAAUCGGAGGGCGAGUAAUCAUAACGGUGUGGGCGCUCGAACAGCGCCAUCGACGGUUCGAAUCUCAAGAUGUGCUCGUCCCUUGGCAGCCACCACGUUCGAAAAAUGCCGGCGUAUCGGAUGAAGAGGAUGAUGACGAUUUUUUACCACCAUACCACGCGUAUACGGAAGAUUCAACCAACUCGAGCCGAUCGGCUGGCGAUGGGGACAGUUCGAGCCUUUCCUCGUCUUCGCCCGGUGAAACUUGUUACAGUUUUGUAAGGCGUGCUAUCCAGAAACUUGCCGGCAGUAAAAAGAGUCCAUGGUUCCUAGAGUCGUGGAGUUCUCGAGAGACAAAGCAUGACAGCAGUCUGGACUACGAGGACGCCAAAGAUCUACCGAUCGAGCUGAGACGGUUGGAGGAUUUCGACGACAUUCCGGAGCCACCGCUGUCUGCUGGCCUGAAGAGCCGAAGUCUAGGUAGUAUAUUAAAUCCACCACCAAAAACCAUAGUUAGAUCACGUUCAAGUGUACCAAGUUUAGGUGCUCAAAUACCUGAAUCGAAAGGCACACCUGCUGAGCCAGCAGUAUCCCGAAGACCAAAACUGGUAAAACAGAAACAAUCACUGUGUGAAGAUGUAGAUUACAAACUGUGUGAAUCGGCGCAAGCCUACCGGGAGCACAUUCAACGAAACGAGUCUCGAAUACAGCUGCUGCGAAAGCAGAGUUCGCUCAACGAAGAGCUGAUGGCCGAGAGCCGCUUGCGUGAGAAAGAGCGAAUUCGGAAACGAAUACAGAAGCAAAUGUCGCUCAACGAAUCCUUCCUUUGUCGAUCUGUUUUCACGAAAAGACUGCAGGUGAUCAAAGAAGGUUUCACUACGAAACUGAAAACGUCCACCGGUAGUCUGGAAAGGGUCACAAAGAAUGGAUUCGUUAAAAUCAUGCAAAACAUAAAAGCGACAGCUCAAGCCCAUCACAGCCAUGGUCACGGGCAGGGCCGAUCCUAUGACUCGUAUGGUCCCGGUUACGCGCCGUACUGCUACGAUGGCCGUCCAGGAAGUCAUCACCUGCCCAGAAACAACUCAAUGAACAAUGGCAACAACAGCAGCAGCGGUACUGAAAAACUCAUCGGGAUGGGAUCAAGUCAAGACGAUUCCAAGCCACGUCGCCACUCGAGAGAAAGCGGUUCCGAAAGUUUUCGUUCCACUUUCAUAAAACGACAACGUUUUGCGGACUCUUCCAAGGACAGCAGUCUGCAAAGUGAUACCAGCAUCGAGUCCGAAGACAGCUUCGCCUCUGUGAUCUACAUUCCAAAACCGGACCAGCAGCAAAACCAACAGCAAAGUAACAACGGAUCCGCUGGAGACAGUUUCGGACCCGGGACGUCACGAAUGCCUUCCGGCCCCACUUCGCCACUGAUAAUGCCCUGUCCAACGCCUGCCCAUUCACCUGCCCCUCCUCGCACAAAACUAGGCGCUACCAAUGGAAGCAGUAGCGGCAGUGAGCUCAGCCAGUUUACCUUCGAAGAUGCGUCUUUACUGCAUAAACUAGAAGAUAUUUCACCAUCCUCAUCGUCAUCUGUACAUAACACAUCAAGUAACAAAACCGUUAAAACUCUCAAAUCCCCGCCUUCAAAUGCUUUAGCUUGUUCGAAUUCACCAACAACAGCUGUUUCCAGCAGCAAAACUAGCGUAGAUUCAACGAUCAGUAAUGUAUCGAGCACAAACAGCGGUAACAGUCAAGCCGCAACAGCGAAACAACAGACACCACAGACGAAGUCUGCGUCCGUGGUUGCGAAGAUCACGCGGCAACAAAUUAAGGAUCUGCCUCCAAUACCCAAAUUCAAGAAAUCUUCAAAUUAUCCCAUAGUUCGUCGGCAGACUUCUUCCACCAGCACAUCUGCUCCUGUAGUGCCAAAACUAUUAGGCUUAGAACUGUUCAAUCCGGAAACCGAUGACUUAGAUAGUGAUUCUAGUGAGCCCUCAUCUCCUGAUUCGAUCGACAGUGUCAUAAGCGCCUUGCGACCCUCGGUUUCGCCUCAACCAACGGUCCCUGUCUCUAGCUGUGCCUCGACUACAACGACAGAUUCGUCUUCACAAGCACAGUCUAUACAACCGGUGGCGACCACCAUCAGUACGCCGGGAAUUCCUCCUCUAGUUGAAGCUGCUGCUGAUGUUGCGCAUAAGCUGGAAAAUGCCGUAGAGCUCGUGCUUCGUGAAAGUGAAACCAAACCAAAACUGACAAACGGUGUGGUUGACCCAGCGGAGAGCUUAGAAUCAGCGGAAGAAGAAAAUACAUCCUGUCGGCAGCAUCUAGUCGACUUUGCCGAACAGCUUAGUGCGCAACUUUUGAAGGAGCUGGAAAGCGAGAAGCAAGGAAACGAAAGCAGUUUCGACGACGAUGAUGAAGUAUUUAGCGAUAGUCGAUUCAAGAAAAAGUCUUACACCCUAUCAGAUGCGCAUCCUAUCACCGAUCCGUAUUUGAAAAAGUUAAAUGGUGAUUUGAGGGAUUUAAAUCAACUUCGGGCGGAGCUCAGGGAGAGGCGAUUAAUGUUGGCCAAUUUGAGCCAUAUUGGUUCGACCGGAUUGUGUGGAAGCAACGACUCGUUGGGCCCCAGCUACGGAUCAUCGAUGACGCCCAUUAUCCAGGAGGAAUCCGAUGACGAAGAGGCCCUAAACGAAUCCUGCGAAAUGGAACACGAUGACUUUGACAACUAUCACGGGCUGCGUGGAAACAAGCUGAAUCUCAAUAAGAAUGAUGAAUUUGUCAUCAUUCCGGAACUGGACGAAGAUGAUGCAGAGUUGACGAACGAUACAGCUUUACUGAUACAGGAAGAAGAUAGCACAGAGGAGCAUCUUCAAAACAUCGAUUUAGAAUUUUUAGGGAGUAGUAACAGUAACAAUAAUAGUACGAAUGAUAGGCAUAAAACUAACUGUAGGCAUAGUUUACCCCUGAAAACGAUCAAUCUGAAUUCAAGUCAGCUAAGCGCACCGAGUGGGGCGGCAUUCACACAGCAUCACAGUCGAAUGGAGUGCGUUUCUACCAAUAGCAGUGCAACCACAAACAGUCACUGCAACAGCAGCAACACAACAACGCAACAGUCUGGUGCCACAUGUUUAACAACAACAACAUCAACCAACGAAACUGAUAGUAGUAAAAAGCUACCCAACACUAACAAAUCGUCAAUCGAGUCUCACACCAGCGUCGAUUCCUGGGCCCAUUCGACAAGUUCUGCCUCCCUGGACAGUCCAUCGGUUGGAGGAUCGGCAACCCAUCAUCGGUACUAUCACGUGUUCCGCGAAGGUGAAUUGGAUGCCCUGAUCAACCACCACGUGACCAGUCUACACAUAGUAUCGUCCUACUAUGAACGAGCGUCCUGGUGUGUGGUCGCUGAGAAGGUACAAGUUUGGACAAUCUAGUUCGCAUACUGUAUCGUCGCAUAACCCGAACCAAUCAAUAUCAUACCGGGCUUUGUGGAAGCUGCCUGUGACUAUCCAAGCAAAAAACGGCAGCUCUUGUCGGAGCAUGUGUUUAAAACCCCUUUAAACAUACGAGACUUUUUAUCUGUGACAUUAACUCAAGCAGUUAGUAAUCAAUUCGGACGAUCGGCGAAAGUUAUGUAUUUGCAAGUAAAAACCAAAUAGUUCAAGAAAAUAGUUACAACUAAGCGAGAACAAGGCUCUAAAACUGUAUUAUUUAUGUCUCUGUGAUUCAUAUAUAUAUUUAAAUAGAAAAUAAUUAGCGAUAAGAAAUUAAUUCAAAUGGAAGAUUUAUUACAUCCUGCGAACAAACCCGAGCAUUCCAAGGUAUGAUUUUGUUAUGCAUAGAGAUCAAAAGUAAGAAUGGGAUAAACGAGUAAGAAUCUAACGAGUAAGAAACCAACAUGACGAAUGGAGUAAUAGAUGGUUUUUUUUUCACAAAUACGUUUACUCACGUACGUAUACUAAAAGGAGUUUACUAACUUACUUACUUAAUGUUCCAGCGUCGAUUCCCCAGUGCAUAGGGCUGUGGUAACUCUCCACUGUUGACGAUCCGGAGCCAGCGUUUUCACUUGGUUGCAGUCAAGAUUCUCGUCGACAGUUAGGGUUUCGGCGGCUAGGCUUCGCGUGCCACGAGUUUCUGGGCCUCCCGGUAAAUUUGAAUCGGCAGAGAGGUAACUCAAAUCGCCAGAGGGAUCGUAACGAUCUCUCUGGCGAUUUUGCAUCAUCACAUCGUUAGAGAGGAACACACCAUACGCGUGCCUUGGGUGAGUGCCACGAAUUAAGCUAAGACACGCCCUCCAGAGAAACACACGAACACAAUCCGAAUCGUGUUUGUAUGUUUCCCUCCGAGACGCGUGUUCGCCUGCCUGAGAAGUCGACAGCUACGAUUGAAAGCCCACACGGGACACGGGGACAAAAUGCGACCACACCGUGCGAGUGUACGAUUCAAACUGAUUUCGCAUGUACGCAUUCGUAUUUGUUGCCUCUAGGUAUCUCGGCAGGACAAACCGAAUGAAAAUAUUUGCGUUCUUGGAGUGUCGCCGAAGUUAACCGUUUUAUUCUAAGUUCGGUGACUCAACUCUCAAUUUUUUGCAUGCUCUGUCGAUUUCUGAGAGGACGCGCUUACUGGGUCCUUGCUAAUUUCGUUCUCAUCUCUUCGCAGCGCGUGCGAAAUUCAUCUCCACUUGCGUUCCCGAAUCUCGAUUUCUAGCGCCCUUUGAUGACUUCGGCGAUGUAGUUCCUCAUUUGAGAUCCAAUCGGAGAUUCGGAUUUUCGUUUGUAGAGAGAACUGGCGUGAUCGCCAGAUGUUCCGGAAACUCGCAAACGCAAAUCGGGCCUUUCUGAUCCGGGUUACGAUGUCCUUCUUGGUACCACCAUCAGGCGUAUCUGGCUACCAAGAUACUGGAAGCACUCCACUUUCUCAAUCUGUUGCCCAGCUACCACGAAAUUGGAAGGAUUUACUGUGUUGAUUUCCAUCGACUUGGUCUUUCCGACAUUGAUAUUGAGACCUGCUGCCUUGAAGGGGUUUACAAAAAUUGAUACUAGUUCCAAUGCCUUCUGUAAAAAAGUAAAGAGCGUAUUUGUUUUCCUCAUAGAGAGAAUUGCUCUCUGGACUCCCUUGAAACGAAUCAUUUGUUCCAUUUUACUCGGGUACUCGGGUGCUGUCGAUUUUAUCAAAGAUGGUGACGAACAACGAAUAUAAGUUAGAACGGUUAUACGAAACGCUUGAAAGUCAAGAAAAAAUGGAGAAAACGACCUAUAUGCAGGACGAAAAUGUGCUUGUAUACAUUGUUUAUUUACCGGUUCUUUGCAUCCCGUAGCGUUGAGCGCAAGAUUAAUAGUGUUCGUUCGGUAAAAAUCCUGAAGAAUAUCUAAUGAAGAAUCUCUGAAAAAGCCUAACAUCCCGCAAUGAUUCUUCAUUGUCCAAUGUCAUUUUCGGCUAGACUUAUUCUAACUUGUACAGUAGACGUUAUUGUUGAAGUUUUAUUCGAAAAUUCCUUCUUCUACUUCGCUAUAAUCUUUGCCGGACGGCCACUAUCGUCUUCUGCAUGAAGUUCCGAGAUGUCAGGAUCCGAUAAACAGUAUUCACGGGCAUAUUUUUGUGCCAAAAGUGGUCGAUGUGGAGUCCCGGGUCUAGACCCUAUUGAGGUCUAAAUCCAGAAUGCCGCACAACCAGAGAUGCCAAUAUGCCUGAUUUUUCAGGAAUUGCCUGAACUUUCGAGGCCCUGCCUGACAACCUGAUAAGCCGUUGAAUUUGCCUAAUUUUUGAAAAUAUGCCUGAUUUUGCCUGAUUUUUGCGAAUGUGAUGAAAAAUGGGUAGUAAGGCGAAAGUACAGAAAGCAAUUUUUUCAUAGAGAAAAAAUAAAUAACGCUCUCUAGUUGUUUAACAGGGAGAGAAUCAACCCUAAUCCGCUCUUAGUGUCAAUAUGACACUAUUGGAAGUCUGGUGGCUUGUAAUUUUAUUCGAGUGCAUCCAAAUAACACAAUUUCUCCUGGGAUUCUCAAUAAAUUCUUGAAAUCUUUAAAUUUUCAUAAUUGCUUUUUUUAUUGGACGCACCCUGGAAGCCCAGGAAAAAAAAUCCCUAGUCAGACCUUGAGUGUCAAUUUGACAAUCUUUGGUAAAAACCGCUAUGUCUCUUUUGUUUCUCAACCAUUUUUUAUAAAAAAUAUUUUUUACUAACCUCCUUACGAAACUUAAAUAUGUUUCUCAGACAUUAUUCACCUACAACAUUCCAGUUUUUCGUUAUUCAAAGUCUAAGAAAAGAAAUAAAAAAAACAUGCUUCUUACAAAAGACUGUAGAUCAGCUACGGAAUGCUUAAAAAAUUUCACUCAGUGUCCAUAAAAGCUGAAGUUAAAAGCUUUACGUUGCACAUAAGGAUAUAUUUUUCUGAUGUUUUUAAAAAUCAUUACCACAAAAAAUGUAGAAAAGGGGAGUAAAAACCGUAUACUUUUCAAUGAAUGAAUCUUCAAAAUUGUUUAAGUCACACCAGAUAAUUUUUUAAAAGUGCUUCAGCUUUUUUUGGACACUAAGUGAAUUUGAAUUUCGGAUUUUUUUCUUAGACGAUGAAUAACGGGAAAUUGAAGUGUUGUAGGUGAAUAUUGAAUGAGAAAUAUUUUUGAGUUACAUUACGAGAUUUUCAAAACAAUACAUUUCGUAAAAAUCGGAUGCGAAACAAGAGAGAUAUAUUGGUUUUAGCUGUGGUUUUAGUCAUGACACUCCAUCAGGGACUGUAACGAGUAAAAAUUUCAGGGCGGAUGAGGGUUAAACCACAGAGAACAGACAUACAAGCUAGCCCACGAAAGUUGUGUAAAAAUCCCAACAUCCUUUCUGAACCAAUUUUUGUCUUUUGGCUGGGCCACCAGAUGUCUCCAAACACACCAAAGAGAACUGUCAAAACAAAGCUGACUAAGUUUCAGUCAGUUUUCUAUAGGUCGUAUGUGCUGCUUAGCAUGCUUCAAGAAAAUCGCUGUUGAAGUUUCGUUCGAAACUUGAUGAACGAACGUUCACCAUGUUGCAUGAAAAAAAAAAUCAUAAAAGUAUGAUAUUAUCUUUUUCCUUCAAAUUUGUACAUAGUUUUAAACAGCUGGAUGCUAAAGUGAUAUGUGAAAGUAACCCGCUUUGAAAUGCCUAGAAUCAAUACUGCUGGGUAAGACUGAUCGUCAAGAAUGUUGUUGUAUUUGACUGGACAUAGGGAAUGCAUUUUCUUACAUAAAUUCCUGUUCAAGAAGUGCGAAAACUUAAACCGAAGCUGUUAGUUAUCUUAACUGUCAUAGUAGUGCAAAAAUAAAGAAAGUGAAAUUUCGCCCAGUUAAAAGUAACUCUGAUUUCAUUUAUUUAGCAAUACAUUAAAGCCGUCCAUUUUACUGAGACAUUGGAUUCAUUUUUUUUGUGAGUUCAUAUACGAUUACGCCUUUUUGAAAACAGGACACUUUAAAGUUGAUUUGUAACUUUUGAACGGCGCAAUAGAUGGCACUGUUUGUAGUCAAUUUCUAACGUAUUUUUUGGAUGAUAGCAUUUGAAAUUUUACACACUUUUUUGACGAUUUUUUGUUCGAGCUUGUACGUCUGUUCUCUGUGGUUAAACUAUUCUCAUUUUCCUGAAACUCGUCAGAUUACGAAGCUGUAUGAAAGUAGACACAUAAGGCCGAUGACAUAGUGAGAGCGAUGUGAUGCGAAUUGGCGAACGCGUCCAAUGCGAACUCGAGCGGCGGAAAAAAUUGACAUCUGCUUCGCCGCGUUGAGUAUGUCAGGUUUAAGCGAUUUUCUUCAAAUGUGUUUCGCCGCAUUGAAUCGCAUUCGCCGGUUCGUAUCGCAUCGCACUCACUAUGUCAUCGGCCUAACAAACGUAAAAGUUCUUACGUGAGCAAAAAUCAUUAAAGAUGAGUCUGGAAGUAUUUCUGGAAGUAAUGUUCCUUUGCAUUUAAGUUUUCAAAACGUUGAAGCUCCGAAAAUUAAUUCCUCCUUCCUGAGUCAACAAAAUUUUCUUCACGAAGUUUCCUCAAUUUUCAGGAUUUGUAAGAUAAGUCUGGACAUCUUAUGAAUCUUGUAAUAAGAAACUUUUCAAGUGAUUUCAGUGCAUAACUUGUCACAAAAGAAAAAAAAAUGGCAUCGCAGUUAAUUCCCCAUGCUUUGUUUUCGGCAACUAAAUCAACUGUUGAAAGGCCAAAGCCGAUUCAAUAUUCGGUAUUCGGUCAUUUUACUGUCUCAUGUCAAAUCAUCGUUCCCUAGACACAUAUUGCUCGCAGUUAUGUUUGUGGUUUUUGAUUUGAGAUUUUGAGAUUUUUUUUUACAGAACUUUUCUUGUUUGGAAAAUAGAUAUGCGUAUGUUGAGUGAACGUAAAUUUUAAAUAAGUUAAACAUUCAAAACUUAUCACAGAAUGGUAUGAACUGAACGCUAAAACCCCCAUUCGUCUGCUAAAUUCCUUCACAUUCCUCAAGAGACAUACUUAAAUAAACAGCCAUCGAGAACAUGUUUCAACUUAGUUUUUAGAUUUGUUUAAAGGAAUGUACCAAUUUCCGCUGUAAAUAUAGAAUUCCCACUCCAAAGAAGUAGAUUUUGCACUCAGAAGUGAUUUAUAUUUUUAAAACAUAAAAAAAAAUCCUUAAAUCAUUUUUUCUUCUGUUCAAAUACGUUGCACAUGACUUGGUAUGAUUUCGAAUGCAAUAAUGCCUAAGCAUUAACCAAUAAUUACUCACAAAUAUAGUUUAAGCAAACGAAAUCUGAGUAACGAAUCAGAAAAUCGAAAACAAAACUACUAACAAAACAUAAACUCUAAGAUACAACAGAACAAAGACAAUGACAACACAACAAAGGCAACAGAUAUAAAACAUAAUAGUGAUCAGCAUUUAACAAUUAUAACAAACAACAAAAAAUAAACAAAUUCAUAUCAGAACUCAAACGAAAUCAUUUCUAUUCUAUAAUCUAGGUUAAAGCUAAAAGUCUUCGAAAUACAUGUGAUUUUAGAACGAUUUUCGACGUGUCAAAGUGUUCCGAUGUAAACAAUUUGAAAAAAAAAAAUAUAUAGACACAAAUUGCUUGAUGAUAAUGUAUUUCAUUAUUGAAAGUUGUCCUUUGUCAAUCGAAAAGCUACAUAUGUUUAAGUAAACGUGAAAAUUCCUUCAAUCAAGUCAGUGUUGGCUUUCCCCAUUAAAAUGCGAACUUGACAAACUUCGCGCUGUCGUUAAUACAUUUGAGUUUAAAAAAAGUAUAAACAACUUCGCGUAGUUGAUUAAAUUCAAAUAAUUCCCAAUUCUCUAGAGGCGGUACAUUAAAAAACCACUGACAAAGACUUGUGAUCAAUGUUGAACCUUCAAAACAAUCAAUUCAUCUUCAAGAUAUGCACAAAUACUUGUUGAAAGCAGCUAAUUACCAGUAUUUAUGUUCAUGUUAUUUUUACAAUUAGAAACACACAUGUCCUAAUAAAUUUAUGUCAAGUGGAACCAACUAUCGAAUACAAACUAACAACAUUUAGAUAAAAAAAAAAAUGCUCGUUACUUUUUUAUACACAACAAAGUUCCGAUACGGCAAACCUCAUUCCGCAGAAAUAAAUUUACUAUUUAAUCUUUCGUAUGCAUUUAUCAGUGCACGUUCGUUUUAAUUUUGUAAAAUAGACAAAUUUGUAUCAUGCUAAACUGAAUCGCGCUCUGUACAAAUACAAUAAUAAACGUAGAUAAACAAUAAAGAAACGAAUUAAAGUUAUUAAGGCAUAAAAGGGAUAGCUAAACAAACUUCUGAAAACGAAUCACACAAUCUCUAAAGAAAAUAAAUAAAGAUACUGGAAUAUCUCAAACCAAACAUAAAUGUACGAAAGCAGAAAAUCAAUCCAGCCUGCGAAACGAAAGUAUUAAACAAAUCGAAACGAGCAUCUAACUUCUACGCUAAGGAUUGCCUCGAUCCAGUGGAUGAAACAAGAAAAAAAAACUGGCAAAAUUGUGAAAUAUUUAUGAACAAAAAUACAAUAAAAAUGCAUACUGCAAACCAAAAUGAACGUAGAUGAGGUACAUACUUUCUUUUUACAAUAGAAUCAAAACAUUUGCAUCAACGGGAAACAGGAGAGCGAAUAAAAGGGAAAAUACAAUGACGUAUUGUAAAAUUUUGCGAAAAAAAGGAAAAAAAUAU